UUUUCGAACAAAUCUGUGAGCGGAAUAUGUUUUCAAAGCGUCUAGUUUUGAGCCAGAGAGGCUGUCGUGCGGCAUUUUUCGGGCUUCAGAAUGUUCAAAGAGGCUUCGCUACUUCUUCAGGACCUCUACUGCAGAAGACGGCACCUCUUGAUCCAGGACUGGAAAUGCCACAAUGUGAUUAUGAACCUGAACAGUACCAGGGAAUCUCAUUUGAACAUGCUAAAGAAGUGAGGAAAACCUAUCUGAAUCCAGCUUUGUUUUCAUAUUACAAGGAACCAGUGUUUAUUUGCAAGGGUCACAUGCAGUGGCUCUGGGACAGUGCUGGAAAAAGAUACUUGGAUUUAUUUGCUGGUAUUGUGACAGUCAGUGUAGGACAUUGUCAUCCUCAUGUGACCAAAGCUGCAAAAGACCAGUUGGAUAAAUUGUGGCAUACGACUAACAUAUAUUAUCAUCCAACCCUCCAUGAAUAUGCAGAGCUUAUGGCAUCAAAACUUCCUGGAAACCUUAAGGUGUGCUACUUUGUAAACAGUGGCUCAGAAGCUAAUGAUAUGGCCAUCAUGAUGGCAAGAGCUCACACUGGAAACUUUGAUUUCCUUUCUCUGAGAAAUGCAUAUCAUGGUGCCAGUCCAUACACUCUGGGGAUUCUUGCUCACAGCACAUGGAAACUCAAUGUCCCAGUGGGAUUUGGAUAUUUUCAGACUAUGAACCCAGAUGUGUACCAAGGACCCUGGGGCGGAGCUAACUGCCGUGACUCGAUAGCACAGACGGACAGAACAUGUAAUUGUGCGGCAGGCUAUUGAUGAAGACGGUGUACAAAAGAACUGUGAGGUCGUGGGAACAUACUUCUUAGAAGAACUGCUUCAACUUAAGAAAGAGUUCCCGGAUGUAAUCGGUGACGUCAGAGGGAAGGGUUUGAUGAUUGGCGUUGAGUUUGUCACAGAUAAGGAAUCAAAGACACCUUUGCCUCCCGAGAAGUUCGUCCCAAUCUGGGAAGACUGUAAAGACAUGGGAGUUCUUGUCGGAAAGGGUGGACUGUAUGGAAAUGUAAUGCGUAUUAAGCCCCCAAUGUGUAUAACCAAAGAGGAUGUCGACUUCGGAGUUGCAGUUAUUCGUACGGCCUUGUCCAAGUACUCGCAUGGCAAAUAAAUAACAAUCGUUGGACUUUUUACGAUUACUGUUAGCACCAAUAGUACCUCUGAAUAAGUUGACAUGCCCCACCGACUUUACUACAUUCGCAGUAUAGAAUAUCACAACACCGUUUAAGUAUCCCAAUGAUCUGUCAUGUAGUAAAACUAUUUUUUUAGAGAAUAUUCGUGAAUGAUAAUAAUUGCCAGUAAAACACGAGACAUCCUGAUCGCAUUGAUAAUCAAAGUGGGUCCGUGGGUUUUUCAGAGAUCAAUUUUGGGGAUAUUGAGUGUCUUUAACUCUUUUAACACCUAGAAGUGAUGAACAUGUGACUUCUCCCGAUAAUAUCCAUGCAUUAUUAAGGAAACACGUUAUGGAAAAACUCAGACUUAUCAGGUAGAAGUGGCUUUCUUGAUCUAACACCGAAUUAUCGUGACUAAGUGACACAGAAAUGUGUAGCAGCUAGGGGGGAGAAGCAAUAUCAGAUCUUGGUAGUUGUAGGGUUAAAUGCUUCUUAAAUCAUGGCAAUGCCUCGCAUCAAGUGGACGAAAGUGAUUUACCUACAAAUGGUUUCAACGUUGGGUAAUCAAUAAAGAACAUUGAAUCUAUCGCACAA